CAAAUUGCAGCCACAGCUGGCCACACCUCCCCUUUGUGCAGUCAGGUAGCGAACACUGCCCGGGCUGGGGCGGGGCUCUUCCACUGCUCCCACUCACAGAGUGACAAGCAAACGAACAAGAGUGAUCCUAGACGCGGAUUAACGAGGCUAGCACUAUGACUGAAGGGGACUAUGAUUAUCUGAUCAAGCUUCUAGCUCUCGGAGAUACAGGGGUUGGCAAGACCACAUUUCUCUAUAGGUACACAGAGAAUAAAUUCAACCCCAAGUUUGUCACCACAGUCGGGAUUGACUUCCGGGAAAAGAGACUGGUACACCACGUGGGAGGCUCAAAUGGUAAAACAGGAAACCCGUUUAGAAUCCAUCUCCAGCUGUGGGAUACAGCUGGGCAGGAAAGGUUUCGAAGUCUUACCACAGCCUUCUUCAGAGAUGCAAUGGGAUUUUUACUGGUCUUUGACCUGACAAGUCAGCAGAGUUUCCUGAAUGUGAGGAACUGGAUAAGUCAGCUCCAAGCAAAUGCAUACUGUGAGAAUCCUGAUGUGGUGCUAAUCGGGAACAAAGCAGAUUUAUCCGAUCAGAGGGAGGUAGAGGAGAAACAAGCGAAAGAGCUAGCGGAAAAAUACGGGAUUCCAUACUAUGAAACGAGUGCUGCUACUGGGACCGGCAUUGAUGACUCUGUAAUUGCCUUGCUGGACUUAAUAAUGAAACGCAUGGAGGAGUGUGUUGACAAGAGCCAAAUACCUGAAUCAGUUACUGGAAGCUCAGGCCAGAAACUUGAAGAUACCAAUCCAAACGACAAAAAGUGUGCCUGCUAGAAGCACGGGUCAUCCCAGCUAAAGAAGUUUUGCAUGUAAAUGGUUCUCCAGAAAGUUUAUUUUCCUAUCUCAUUGUUUUUUUUUUAAACACUUGUGCUGGUCAUCUUCACUGUAGCUAGGGGAUAUUGAUGUAGAUAAGACUAUUUAGGUAUUGCAGAAAAUGACAAUUGAGUAUUUUAAAUGGAAGAGUUUAUCUAUAAAUGUAUACCUCACUACACAAGAUUAUCCACCCCAGCCAUAAUAAUACCACAGAAAUGCUUCCUGCCAAAUACUGAUAUUGCCAAAUAAUUACAAGAAACUUGAAUUUCCUUAUGGCUCAAGAGUGAAAAGGAAGGCCAGCAAGUUACAAAGGCCAAUUCUCUUGCAAAAUCCACACAGUGGCCACUUUAAUAGGUACAGGAGUGUAUCUCAUUGGGCACCUCGGAGGUGUAGCGGUUAGUGCAAAGCUUAUGCAGCCCAGGGCGUUUUCGAAUUCAGAUUUCAAUUCAUCUGUAAAGAGAUCUUACAUUCUUACAUUCCUCCAGGUGAUCUGGUUUCCCCCGACAACCCAAAAAUGUACCUUUUAGUAGGUUAUUUGGUCAUUAUAAAUUGUCCUGUGAUUGGGCUAGUGUUAAGAAGGGGGUGGGGGGUUACUGGGUGGUGGGGUCAUUAGCUAGGAAGGGCCUAUUCCAUGCUGCAUCUCUAAAUAAAUAAAUACCUAAUAAACUGGCCACAGGAGUAGAACCAGUGUGCUCUUCUGCUGCUGUAGCCCAUCCACCUCAAGGUAUGAUGAGCUGUACAUUCAGAGAAGCUCUUCUGCAAACCACGGUUGUAACGUGUGGUUAUUUGAGUUACUGUUGCCUUCCUGUCAGCUUGAACCACUUCACCUGGGCAUUCUUCUCUGAUCUCUCUCAUUAACAAGGCUUUUUCACAUUCUCUGUAAACUCUGGAGACUGUUGUGUGUGAAAAUCCCAGAAGAUCAGCAGCUUCUAAGAUACUCAAACCACCCCAUCUGGCACCAAAAAUUAUUCCACAGUCAAAGUCACUUAGAUCACGUUUCUUCCCCAUUCUGAUGUUUGGUCUGAACAACAACUGAACCUCUUGACCAUGUCUGCAUGCUUUUAUGCACUGAGUUGCUGCCACGUGAUUGACUGAUUAGUUACUUGCAUUAUCAAGCAAGUGUACUGGUGUACCUAAUAAAGUGGCCACUGAGGGUAAAUUACAAUUCAAUCAAAUGACUGAGGAAAUAUCCAUGAUCACAUGGAUAUUCUGAGUUUUCCUGUUCUUUCUAGGUGUAGUGCUUUCUUCGGAAGUGUAAUCAAUAUUUUUCAUCCCUUAGCUCCCUCUUAACAAAAAGUUUUGACCUCCAAUCAUCCCUCCUCAGUUGGGGAGGUGGUAAAUGUGAUGGGAGAGUUUCACCUCGGUGGAAAGAUCACAGUUAUUGUGAAGUUUCCAUCUUGCAAUACCUAUAAGACAUCCAGAAGUUAGCCACAAUGAAGCCACUCUCAGGCUGGAGAAGCAAAGCCCUGCAUUCAGUUUGGGUAGCCGCCAACCUGACAGCAUGAAUGUUGAUUUCUCCAAAUGCCUUAUUUUAACCCCCUUCUCCCUUCUCUCUUUUUCUUUCUAUUCUUCAUUCUGGCUCCCUUCGUAGCCUGCUUCUGGUGCCCCUCCUACUUCCUUUUCUUCCAUGGUCCACUCUCCUCUGCUGUCCAAUUCCUUCCUGUUCAGCCCUUUACCUCUUCCACCUUCACCUCCCAGCUUUUCUCUUCAUCUAUCCACCUUCCCAUCAACUGGCCUGACCUAUCGCCUGCCAGCUUGUACUCCUUCCCAUGCCCUCACCUUCUUAUUCUGGCUUCUGCUUUCUUUUCCAGUCAUGAAGAAGGGCCUCAGCCUGAAACGCCGAUUGUUUAUACACCCCAUAGAAAAACUGUCUGACCUGCUGAUUUCCUCCAGUAUUUUGUGUGUUGAUCUCGCCAAACAAAAGCUUCGGUGCACAGAACAUAGUGGAUAGCAGACUUUGACCAGUGAUUGACUUUCCAUUCUCAAUUAUAGAUCUGGAUGUUCUUCUGCAUGGAAUAUUGACCACUUGUUAGAAGUUUGCAGGAGCUUACUGCAAGAUCACAUGAAGCUGGUGUUCAAAAUAAUGGGGGAUUUAUUAAAAACCGGGGCACACCAGGUGACCAGUCACAGCUGAUCGACCUGAGUUCAGUGGAUGAGAUCAGCUGUGGUGGUGCUACAUAAUGGAGGUGACAGAAAGGCGUGAUUAAGUCACCGACUAGGUCCUGAUUACAGAAUAAAAUGUUUAUCCACAGGUUCAUCAGUAAAUCCUGUUUUCUUUUACAACACUGGGUGCAUGCUAUAAUAUGAUUAAAGAAGUUUUUGAAAUGUGGA